AUGGAUUCGUUGGAAUUGUUAAAUCUAAACAGACAAUAAGAUUUAAAAAUCUCUAAUCAAAUACAAUUGCCUUCAGAAUUUAAAAUGUAAACACGCAAUAAUUCUUAAACUAACUUAAACUAGAAUUCUAAUUAGAGUAGAUAAAAUACUAUUGUUAGUCGUCAAAAUUCUUAAAUGAGUCAAAGAAAAUAAAUCAAAGAUAAUGGAUACCAUAGGAUUGCUUAUUAAUAAUAAAUUAAAAAAAAUGGAAUAACAUUAAAACGAAAAAGAUCAGUUUCAUCGAUAUCUAGUACAUCUUCAAUGCAAUAAUCAUUUCUUAAAAUGGAAGAAAAGAUGAGGAAAUUCAAAAUUAAUCAUCCUGAAAUUAUAGAUCAAAAAUAUAUGAUUUCUGGAUAUUUAGAACUAUGCAAAGAUUAUAAAAAUUUAGUUCUUACAAUUAGAAAAUAUGGAUAAGAUUUAGAUGCAGUCUUAAAAUUUGGAUUAAAUGAAUUAAAAGAAGAUAACAUAAACAAGAUUGAUUAAUUCUUUGAAAAUCAUUCAAAUUUACUAUCAACUAAAGUUGAUGAUUAUUUUAAAAUUAAAGAAUGUUUCUAUAGAUUUUUAAGAAUGAGAAUAUAAGUAUAUAAAAUUAUUAUUUUAGGAACCUUAUUAUUAUAGAGUAAAGAAGAAAAUUCAUCUUAUUGAAAAGCAAAACAAUAUUUUUGAAACUUUUAGAAUUUAUUUAGAAUCAUUUAAAUUUAUAAAUAAAGAUGGUUUUCAUUAUUUUAGAGAAGAUUUAGAAAUUAUGAAAAGUUUUAAAAGCCCUCCAAUUCAACAAUCUUUUGGGGAACUUUUUAAUGAGAAAAUUGAGAGACUUAGAGAAUAAAUGGAUAAAACAUAAGAAUUAAAAGAAGGUUAAGUAUUAAGUUAAAUAUUUGAUCAUAAAAUUUAAUAAAUUUAAAGUUGGAAGUAAUUGAUAAUAAAAUUAGCAUAUUUUUAAUAUAUUUUCAACAUAAAAUAUCUAUUGAAUACAAAUACAAAAACAAAGAAAAUAAUUAAAAGUAAAAAACUAUAUGAUUAAUUAUUUUAACUUUUAGAAGAAGCCGAUUAAUUUUUAAUUGAAAAUUUUUCAAUAAGUUAAGUUUAUUAAGAAUAGAUAUCUGAAUUUAAAUGUAAUUUUAAUGAAAUAAAAUAAUAAAUUAUUGAAUGGAAUGUUAAACUUAGAGAGAAUAAAUUUUAUAAUACAAUUUUAACAAUAGUAAAAUAAAACUUAUCACUUAAACGUGUAAAUUAAUAUUUAGAAACUAUAAAAUUAGUAUAAAUUUUUUUAAUUUAUAGAUAAGAGAAUAAGAAGAUUAUGAUUAAAGAAAUGAAGCAAAAGCAACAGAUUUAAUAGUAAAGACAAAGUUAUAAUUACAGAGUAAUGCUCAAAUCAUACAAUAGAUAAAGAAUUGUGAUUAAAUAAAGGAUGACGAAUUUAUUCAAAAGUAGUUUAAUAAAUUUGUUAUCUUAAAGGAUUAUUUUUAGAAUUUAAAGAAUGAGUUUGAAAUUUGA